UUAGACAACUGGCCUGGUAACCAUCUGCAGCCACCAGAAGCAAAGUUGACAUUUCUGCAUCACUCUCCCCAGAAGUGUCACUUGCGUACUUCUGGGACAUGCACUCUCACUGAGGAACAGACACACGGGGGCAGAGGAGGGAGCUGAAGGCACGCCGAAGUUGGGGAACUUGGAAGAUUUUUCUUUUUCCCCAUCCCCCACUUCACAACAGACCACAUCUUGACUCAUAUGGUUGAAAGAAAACUCUUUCAGUUAUUUGAUAUUCAGGAAACCUCCAGGAGACCAUAACUUAGUUUUUGAGGCAGCCUCCCUCUCUCCCUUUGCUAAGCAAACACACACACACACACACACACAUUCUCUCUCUCUCACACACACUCACACACGGCUCUACAUCAUGGUGGUUCAGGCUGCAGUGGCUCCGAAUAGAACCCAGAGACUUUUACUGAAAAUUCCUUAUGGAUCUCUGAGAAGACGCAGCGUGGAGAGGAUGACGGAGGGCCGUCGAUGUCAAGUACAUCUUCUUGAUGACAGGAAGCUGGAACUCCUCGUACAGCCCAAGCUUUUGGCUAAAGAGCUUCUUGAUCUCGUGGCCUCUCACUUCAAUCUGAAGGAAAAGGAAUACUUUGGAAUAGCCUUCACAGAUGAGACGGGACACUUGAACUGGCUCCAGCUAGACCGAAGAGUAUUGGAACAUGACUUCCCCAAGAAGUCGGGCCCGGUGGUUUUAUACUUUUGUGUCAGGUUCUAUAUCGAGAGCAUUUCGUACCUAAAGGACAACGCUACAAUAGAGCUCUUCUUUCUGAAUGCUAAGUCCUGUAUCUACAAGGAGCUGAUUGAUGUUGACAGUGAAGUGGUGUUUGAAUUAGCCUCCUAUAUUUUACAGGAGGCAAAAGGGGAUUUUUCUAGCAAUGAAGUGGUGAGGAGUGACUUGAAGAAACUGCCAGCGCUUCCCACCCAGGCCCUGAAGGAGCACCCUUCCCUGGCCUACUGUGAAGACCGAGUAAUUGAACACUACAAGAAACUGAAUGGCCAGACCAGAGGUCAAGCAAUUGUCAACUACAUGAGUAUCGUGGAGUCUCUUCCAACCUAUGGGGUUCACUAUUACGCAGUGAAGGACAAGCAGGGAAUACCGUGGUGGCUGGGACUGAGCUACAAAGGCAUCUUCCAGUACGACUACCAUGAUAAGGUGAAGCCCAGGAAGAUAUUCCAAUGGAGACAGUUGGAAAACCUGUAUUUCAGAGAAAAGAAGUUUUCUGUGGAAGUGCAUGACCCGCGCAGGGCAUCAGUGACAAGGAGGACAUUUGGACACAGUGGCAUAGCGGUACAUACGUGGUACGCGUGUCCAGCAUUAAUCAAGUCCAUCUGGGCUAUGGCCAUCAGCCAACACCAGUUCUAUCUGGACAGGAAGCAGAGUAAGUCUAAAAUCCAUGCUGCGCGAAGUCUGAGCGAGAUCGCCAUUGACCUGACAGAGACAGGAACCCUGAAGACCUCCAAGCUGGCCAACAUGGGGAGCAAGGGGAAGAUCAUCAGCGGCAGCAGCGGGAGUCUCCUGUCCUCAGGUUCUCAGGAAUCAGAUAGCUCUCAGUCGGCCAAGAAAGACAUGCUGGCCGCCUUGAAAUCCAGGCAGGAAGCUCUGGAGGAAACACUUCGCCAGCGGCUGGAGGAGCUGAAGAAACUGUGCCUCCGAGAAGCGGAACUGACAGGCAAGCUGCCCGAUGAGUAUCCCCUGGACCCAGGGGAAGAGCCACCCAUUGUUCGAAGAAGAAUAGGAACGGCCUUCAAACUGGAUGAACAGAAAAUCCUGCCCAAAGGAGAGGAAGCUGAGCUGGAACGCCUGGAACGAGAGUUCGCUAUUCAAUCCCAGAUCACGGAAGCUGCGCGUCGGCUAGCCAGUGACCCGAAUGUCAGCAAAAAACUCAAGAAACAAAGGAAAACCUCUUAUCUGAAUGCACUGAAGAAGCUGCAGGAGAUCGAAAAUGCCAUCAAUGAGAACCGCAUCAAGUCUGGAAAGAAACCCACCCAGAGGGCUUCGCUGAUCAUUGAUGAUGGAAAUAUUGCCAGUGAAGACAGCUCCCUCUCAGAUGCCCUUGUUCUAGAAGACGAAGACUCUCAGGUCACCAGCACACUGUCCCCCUUACAGUCUCCACACAAAGGACUCCCUCCUCGGCCACCAUCGCACAACAGGCCCCCUCCGCCCCAGUCGCUGGAGGGACUCAGACAGAUGCACUAUCACCGCAACGACUAUGACAAGUCACCUAUAAAGCCCAAAAUGUGGAGCGAGUCCUCCUUAGAUGAGCCUUAUGAGAAGGUCAAGAAACGUUCCUCCCACAGUCAUUCCAGUAGCCACAAGCGUUUCCCCAGCACGGGCAGCUGUGCCGAAGCAGGAGGGGGAAGCAGCUCCCUGCAGAACAGUCCCAUCCGUGGCCUCCCCCACUGGAACUCCCAGUCCAGCAUGCCGUCCACACCAGACCUGCGGGUCCGGAGUCCCCACUACGUUCAUUCCACGAGAUCGGUGGACAUCAGCCCCACGCGACUGCACAGCCUUGCACUGCACUUUAGGCACCGGAGCUCCAGCUUGGAAUCCCAGGGCAAGCUCCUGGGCUCCGAGAAUGACACUGGGAGCCCCGACUUCUACACCCCACGGACUCGUAGCAGCAACGGCUCCGACCCCAUGGACGACUGUUCCUCCUGCACCAGCCACUCCAGCUCGGAGCACUACUACCCCGCGCAGAUGAACGCCAACUACUCCACGCUGGCGGAGGACUCGCCGUCCAAAGCGCGCGCGCGGCAGCGGCAACGCCAGCGGGCGGCGGGCACUCUGGGAGCGGCGAACUCGGGCAGCAUGCCCAACCUGGCGGCGCGCGGCGGCGGCGCGCACGGGGUGUACCUGCACAGCCAGAGCCAGCCGAGCUCGCAGUACCGCAUCAAGGAGUACCCGCUGUACAUCGAGGGCAGCGCCACGCCGGUGGUGGUGCGCAGCCUGGAGAGCGACCAGGAGGGCCACUACAGCGUCAAGGCGCAGUUCAAGACCUCCAACUCUUACACGGCCGGCGGCCUCUUCAGGGAGAGCUGGCGCAGCGGCGACGAGGGCGACGGGGGCCGGCUGACGCCAUCGCGCUCGCAGAUCCUGCGGACUCCGUCGCUGGGCCGAGAGGGCGCCCACGACAAGGGCGCGGGUCGAGCCGCCGUGUCGGACGAGCUGCGCCAGUGGUACCAGCGCUCCACGGCCUCGCACAAGGAGCACAGCCGCCUGUCACACACCAGCUCCACCUCCUCUGACAGCGGCUCCCAGUACAGCACCUCCUCCCAGAGCACCUUCGUGGCACACAGCAGGGUUACCAGGAUGCCCCAGAUGUGCAAAGCCACGUCAGCUGCCUUACCUCAAAGCCAGAGAAGCUCAACACCGUCAAGUGAAAUUGGAGCGACCCCCCCAAGCAGUCCCCACCACAUCCUAACCUGGCAGACUGGGAGCUACAGUGAUAGCUGUUUCCUGGAUUCCUCCCUCUAUCCAGAACUAGCUGACGUCCAGUGGUACGGGCAGGAAAAAGCCAAGCCCGGGACCCUCGUGUGAGCCUGCCGGCCUCAAUCUGACCGCCUCAACGCCAUUCUGAGAUCACCUCACUGCCUCUCAUUUGCCUUACCCAGACGCACUGUCUCCCUGCACCAGCUUCAGCCCUCAGCACUUUUUUUCUCCCGUCUCCGCAUCCCCUUACCCUCAAAAACCUGACUGAGGAGACAUCCUGGAAGGUUCCGGUCCCACUGUGUGUCCCCUGUCUCUCUCACUCACAGAGAGCCAGGCAACAAUCCUCAAAGGCACCUUGGUGGCUUCCCCCUGCCAUGACAGCCCCCAGCCAGGAACCAUCAGGGAAGCUGGCAGGCAUCAAAUACCUGUGGACAAGUGGCAUUGGCAGAGAACAGAAAAGGGGACUUAAAUACAGGGUGAUCCAGAAAGACUAUUCAUCUGUGGCCAGCCUGCCACCUUAGGCCAGCCAAGCACUUAGUGAAGAGGAUGCCUCUCUGGGAUAUUCAGUUUACACCUGAAAUAUUCCCUAAGGGAGGGGCUGUUGGGGUAGGGGGCAGAAUGAAAAAGGAAGCUUAACACAUCAGAGAUGCAUCAGAGGAUCACAAUCAGUUCUAUGCUGCCAAAGAUUUAAAAACAAAAAGAGACAAAAAAAAAAAAAGAGGGGCCAAGAGGAAAGACAUUCUGCAAUUUCUUUUAAAUUCUAAACCACUACUAAACACAAGUGAAAGUCAACCAUUUGUAAAUUGUUUCCCCUCUUUACCCAGCUCCCUCAUUCCACCUUCUCUCUCAGUCAAGAGCCUGAAAAACUAAUACAAUGUGAUGGUUAAGAGGGGAAAGUAAUGGCUGGUACUGCUGACUCAGCUCUUCAAGAGUCUGGAUGUGAAGGAGAAUGGACCUGUGGGAGCAGCAGUGUACUGUCAGCCCUAGUCUGUACAGGGGCUUUAGCCCACGCCCAAGACACCACGCUGCUUUCCUUUUGAGACUGUAGGAAACUAAGGUGAUGAUUGCCAAAAGUGGAUCUCAUUAAAACAACCAGUAAAAGUGUAUCCUAUUUUUUGCACAAGGUGUUUCAUUUUAUUUUUUAUGGGAAACCAAGGGAAAAGCACAUCGCAAUCCAUUCAAGUGUUUAACUGUCGUGGCUCAUUUUAUGUUUGUUAGCACUUGUGUGACAAAGCUCAGAUCCGACCAAUGUGUCACUUAUUCAAAGAACCCAACUAUGCCCUUAGGUAGAAAAAUUUUACUCACAUGUCUACUAGCUAGCAGGCAGAGCAGGGUUGAAAAAAAUAUCAGCUCCCAGAGGGCCCAUAUGCCUACAACGUCAUCAGCUUCCUUGAUGCACCAGAUUUGUCUGCAGAGACCAAAAGAGGAAGAAGAGAAAAAGUGUAUGGGAGCUGAACGUUUACAUGUGUUUUGAGCUAUGCUUAACACACAAAUGGAAAGCCAUCAAUCUUCAAAGGCCUCAAAAAUACUUUUAUAAUAAGUGCAACUCUUUGUUGGGUUACUCAAAAUGGCACAAACACGGUCUCCACAGAGGUGGUAUGCUGUGCUUAUUGGCGCAAGUGGGGGGUGGGGGGAUAAUUUUUCUCACUUGUAAUGACUUCCUAUUGGAAAGGCAUUUGACAGCCAGGGACAGGAGCCGGGGUGGGAGUAGUUUUGUGGGAAAGCAGAACUGAAGUUAGCUUUAGCAUAAAAAGAAAAAUUGUCGUCUUUUAUGUAUGUGUAAUCCAAGAAUAACAAUAGACUCUACAAGACCAGGAGGGCAAGAGUGGACAUUAAAAUUAAAUAACCACUGUGCUCCUUUUGCUGUAGCUAAAAAAGCACCAUGGGUGUCGAGGUGGGGGCCCUCACCAGGCUGGGACCUGGCUGAACAAUUAGGGCCUGGCUUCCCAGCUCUGCACUGGGUUGGUGAUGCCAGCUUGCAGAGGGAUUAGCAUUCGCAGAACACUUUAGGGGUAAAUCCUACUGGAUAAAGCGAACAGUUUCUAAUGUUACUGAAUAAUUAUAGGGAUUAUGGGGCGGGAGGGGGAAUUUUUGUUGCUUUUAUUUUGAUGGUCAGAGCUACAAAGAGCAGUUUUUUCCUUCCCCAUUAGGAAACAUUAUACAUUAGGCCAUUUUUCUUUCUCCCAAAAGAAGAUACAUGGAUAGUCAGACUGUACUAUGAGCAACAGGAAAAGUCAAAAGGGAAACAGAGAAGUUGACAAGGUUACAUUGCUACAGGCUAUACAACAUAUACAGUAGAUUGAAAUUAAGUCUGAAGCCAGUCAGAUCAAGCUCUUAGCCCAGGAAUGAAAGGUGAAAUGCUUUCUGAACACUUGGGUUUGGGAUUCAGGAAGACAGAGAGGAAUGUAGUAGGAGGGGGAACUACAGUUCAGACAAACAUCAUGAUAGUCUGAUAGUAAAGACAGAUUAAGUAAAACAGGUUUUACUGUUUAGCUGCGUUCAGUUAUACAAAAUGUACAUAAAGUGUUAGUCCUCUGAGACCAACAUGAUUUAUGAUCAGUAUAGUGGGAAAUGACAUACUUAUUGUAUACAAACACUUGCAAAAUCUAUAUAUCCCUAUUUUAAAACAAAAUAAGAUGAAACAUGGAGCCUCUGGUCUGAUAUAAAGCCCCUAUUGGAUUCUUUGGAUAUGUAAGAAAUUGCCUGUCCAGCCAGAAGACUGAUGAAAAUCCAUCAGACUUUGUUGUGAGACAGGUGGAUGUUUUUAUUUUAUUAUAUGCAGGUGAGUGUUGAAACUGUUAAAAUUCCAAUUUGUUUUCAUUCAGUAUUAGUUUAGUUCUAAACAUAGCAAAUCCCAUUCAGGUGCUAUCAGAUGACCAGUUACUGCUUAGUUAACUAGGUGUAAAGUUUUACAUAUACAUUAAUGUCAAUAGUUUAUUACAAGUUGUGUAAAAUGGACUCUAGUUUAAUAAUGGGGGGUGGGGGGGAAAAUUAGGUUGCUCCUGAAACUGACUGUAGAGCAUGUAAAAUGAUUUUACUGGAUUUUGUUCAACUGUAAUCAAUGAAAAAGAUGUAUGUUGUAGACAAAGUUGCAGAAUUAAAAAGAAAUCUGCUUUUAAUUUAUUCUUUUUGUAUUAAGAAUUUGUAUAGUACCUUUACAUUUUGCAAAACAGUGUUGUCAACACUUAUUAAAGCAUUUUCAAAAUGAAAAG